GAACGUCUCCUUAAAUUGGAAGCCAUCGGAACAGCCACCUUCCUGCUUCGAGCAAGGGUUUAGGUCGCCGCCUCGCUCGUCUCGCUUUGUGGCCGCGACAGCUGCAGCUCGCCAAAAAGAAUGAGUCGUUUCCCUGAAAUCAAGUGGGCACAGCGUAUUGACAAGGUCUACAUCACUGUUCAAUUGCCUGAUGCAAGAGAUGUGAAAGUUAAUCUAGAGCCUGAUGGCAUUUUCAAUUUCUCUGCGACAGCUGGUGUUUCAAAUAAUUUUUACGAGCUAAAAUUAGAACUUUUUGAUAAAGUAAAUAAAGAGGAAAGCAAAAUUAAUAUAGGUGUCAGGUCUAUCUUUUGUGUGAUUGAAAAAGCAGAGCAGCAGUGGUGGAAGAAGCUACUGCGUGGUGAGGGAAAGACUCCUCACUAUGUGAAAGUUGAUUGGGAUAAGUGGGUAGAUGAAGAUGAUGAUGUAGGUCAGCCUGAUUUGGAUUUGGGAGGCAUGGAUUUUUCGAAAUUUGGUGAUAUGGGUGGUGGUGCUAUGGAUGAUGAUUUUGAAGACAGCGAUGAUGAAGAGCCAGCGGAAAAAACUGAACAUGCACCUGGAGAUGCGAAGACCCAAGAAAACUUGUCGGAUGACAAAAAAGAAACAGAUUGAAGCAUGGGAAACUCUUGGCACCAUUUCUGUGGUUUACCAUCUGGAUUAAAAGGAACAUGUUAAAUUGGUAUCUAGUGCUUUAAAUCAUCCAUCUUAGACAAGACAAAUUUUAGAAUUGGUUAUCAAUCUCGUGUGGUGUUGAGACUAUGAGAUGAGCUUCUAUGGUUGAAUGAUUGUUGAAAAUUGUUGGUCUUUGCUAAUCAUGUCAUUGAAGUUUAACUAUUUACACUGUCGUCAGCCAUGAUUUUAUAAAGUUGAUUAAUGCCUUUUUUUUCA